CAGCUUGUCACAUGGUACAAGGCUGUUGUGAAUAGCCUUGUACCAUGUGACCUCUGUGAUCAUUCACAGAUUUCACACGUAGUAAGCAAUGAUGUCACAAGUGACAUCUUACUUACUACUUUGCAUGUGAUCACUGAUUGGCCAAUCAGUGAUCACAUGCAGAGUAGAGAGCAAGAUGUCACUGCUUACUACAUCAUUGCUUACUACGUGUGAAAUCUGUGAAUGAUCACAGAGGUCACAUGGUACAAGGCCAUUCACAACAGCCUUGUACCAUGUGACAAGCUGUGACCAAUCACAGCUCACAUAGUGGUUCUCAAUGGCUGCAAGAAUGCAGCUAGAGAGAAGGAGAAAGCAGCCUUUAUGAGUGGAAAAGCAAUCAGUGUAAAAAAA